AUGACCAAGCGAAGGAUGACUAAUCGGGACAACAAGCUGAUGUCGGUGCUGCAGGCACGCCGGACCGCCCUUUCUCGGGAUCGCUGGCGGAAGGAGUACCACACGCCUGCGUCCGCUCUGAAGGCUUCCCUACAGCGGCAGCAUGCGGCGAGUGUGGCGGGCAAUCUCGUCGAGGACAGCAGCACCCCGGAAUCGAACCUGAUAGCUCCGGUCCAGGGCAUGUCGCCGGGUUCCGGCCGGCAGGUGUCGGGUGGCGUCGCCGACGAGUUUCUCGACACGGACGAGUCCAUCCACGGUAUGUACGUGGUGAAUCCACGCACGGGAAAGAUCGCGAUCCAGCAGACCGGCGCCAGCAUUAAGCUAGCCAAAGAGACGAACAAUUUCAUCGGAGCUGGUCCACUGUCCGGUAACAAAUCACUUGAGAUCACCAAGCUUACCUCGGCGAAAGCAACUGUCGCGACGAGUCCGGUGCCCUACCAGACACGGGGACAUUACGCGGAGUCGCGCGGAAAACGAUUGCGGGAGCGGAAAACCUUCGUCCCACUGUCGACCGAGCGCUCCGUGGAGGAGAGUGAUCUCAUCCCGUACCAGUUCUUUGGCCAGAAGCUACUUCCCGCACACCAUAAGGGGCUGGAUGCACGCAAUCAGGUCAUCAACUCACGCCGGACGCAUCUGAACAAGCUGAAGGAGGAUCCGAGCCUGCUGGAGAUGGGUGAACUACCGGUGGCGAAACCGUCGACGGAGAAGAGCAAGUUCUGGUCUAACCGAUACCCGUCGAGGAAUGGCGUUGCGCUGAACAACUACCUUCGGCGAGGUAGUGGCACGACCACGUCAACUUCGACCACAACCACGACGACUACCAGCACUUACAGUCCACCGGGGGCCGGCAUGGUACACUCCGAUACCCUAACCAACUCCAUGAUUGCCCUCAGUAACCUCUCCGAUGGGGAUGGAGAAGAUGAGAAGCAGGUGUUUUCCCGAAGCGCCAACUAUACGUCCGCCAAAAAGACUGAAGAAGCUGGUGCUACGACUACGGUCAGUACCACAGGUGUUAAGGAACCAAGUUCCAGCUUAGAACAAGCGAAUACGGCAAGUUCCACCACAAGUUCCGAGCUUCCGAGCAAUCAUAAACCCGAGGUAGAGCAGGAAUACUCUUCCCCACCGGGGCUGUACAAUUCUGGCAUAGCGAAGCUGAUCAUCAACUACCCCGAUGUGGCCACUCCCGAGGAGUUCUAUCACCCUCUCCACACCUUUGAAACGCAUGCACAGAUUGUCAAUCUACAGGAGGCCACCGAGGAACCCCUUCCAACGACAUCCGCUCCCCCGCAGGCUAUCGAACAGGAGGAGGAAGAGGAGGACUACGAAACGCCACGGAAUUUGGUGUCCCUGCCAGAUAUCAACCAGAUCUUCCGAAAUCUUUCCACACCGACCACCACGGAGAUGACGACUACGACAACGAAAGCUACGACGACGACGACGACAAGGAGAGCUUUAACGAGUACCAUGGCACCCGCACCGGCGCGGUCGAGGUUAAACACAAGGGUAUAUGUGCCCGUGAGCCGAUCGACAACAACCCGCUCGACAACGACGCCACGCACAACGACGACCAGCACCACCACGACCACAACCACCGAGCGUCCAUCGGUCCAGGAAGAGGAUAUUGAUACUCCAACGACGGUAUUGAUACUAACUUCUAAUCCAACGACGACGGAGAGUACCUCCACGACAACUCCAACGAUUCCGGUGAGGACCACCACUGAUACUCCAGUGAGUUCCGUGGUUCCUUCAGCGACGCCAUCGUCGGUUCCAGCGAGAUCGACCACCAUGAGGAACUUCCAGCGUCCAUCUGCUCUUCCCACCAUGGCUUCACCACCGAAGUCGACACCAUCUUCUAGACCUGUCACUACAACCACCACCACCACAACAACAACCACGACAACGACAUCCACCGUGGCUCCACCAGAACGGGGGACGGUUUCGGUCUUCACCGGGCUCCGUCCAAGUCCUCCGGAAGUCAACAGUACCGGUGUGGAUGCGGGCUUCAACCCGAUCCUGUCGCACAUCUUCCCAAAGCUCACCGGACCCGGUCUGCCAACGCGUGCCCUCUCCAACCUGGACCUCUCGCUUGCCUUCACCUCUCCGCCUCCGGCGGAUCAUAGCUCCGGCACGAAGAAGCCGGCCGUGUCGUUCGACGGUGUCCUACUGCACCACAACAGCGACGUCGUGAUCGAAAUGCGCAAGAUGAACACGGCCACGUUUGUGCUGGCCGGGCUGGGCAUGCUCCCGAUCGUCAUCAUCGUGCUGUACGUGAUCAAGGCGACCGUGUUCAACCGGGAGAACAAGGUGUCGCACGACCUGGAGCGCUACAUCCCGGACGGACAGCCACCGAUCAGUCCGGUGGUGCGCCUCGAGCAGUCGGACACCUCGAGCGCGACGGACGAGUCGAUCAUGACCGAGCACGACUUCAACCGGGGUAACUUGCGGUUCAAGAGUCUCCUUGGGGAGGGCAACUUCGGGCAGGUCUGGAAGGCGGAGGCUGAUGAUCUUGCCGGGCACCUCGGCACGACGCGUAUCGUUGCCGUGAAGACGGAACGGAGUGAUAACGGGCACGGAGAUCUUAAGGCGGAGGCGGAGAUUAUGCGAAAGUUAGGGUCGCAUCCGAAUGUGGUGACGCUUCUUGGUGCCUGCUUGGAACAGGAUCCACAACUACUCAUCAUGGAAUACGCCAUGCGUGGACGUCUUCUAUCACUUCUGAGAGCCGCCCGGGGAGCCGUCAACGGGUUGGCGCCCUCGGUGCAUAACAACAGGCCACCGAUUAUGCCUCUUUCACCGCGACGGUUGGCCGGUUUCGCGCACGACAUCGCCCGAGGGAUGGAGUACAUUUCGGAGAAGAAGAUCGUACACAGGGAUCUCGCCGCUCGGAACGUGCUGCUGGAUCACAACGGGAUCUGUAAGAUCUGUGACUUUGGCAUGUCGAUCGACCUGGAGAAGGUAAAGUCGACGCACGCCCAAAUUCGGCUCCCGAGGGCCCCACACGCGCACAGCGAGUCGCGGUUCAAGUUCGAUCUGAGCGCCCGAUCGUUCGGCAUCGGAAGGCACCACGGCCAUGACGCGAGUGGGACUCACGGGCGCCAUGGCGAUGGCGGAGGUCACAGUAGUCACGGGCACGAUACGAAGAGUCGGCCCGCGUUACCGAUCCGCUGGAUGGCACCGGAGGCCCUGUCCUACCACAUAUUCUCUCGCGAAACCGACGUUUGGGCGUUCGGGAUUGUACUGUGGGAGAUCGCCACUUUGGGUUGCACUCCCUACCCGAACCUGUCCGGGCGGGAAGUCGUCCGGAGUGUGCCGAACGGUGCCCGGCCCGAGGUGCCCGCCGACUGUCGGCCGGAGUUGUACGAGCUGAUGCAGCGCACCUGGCGCAAGGAUCCCCGCCAGCGGCCCACCUUCAGCGAGGCCCGCACCUGCCUGGCGCGGACACUCUGCCAGUGGCAGCUGGAGGAUAACGACACCUCGAACACGUCCGAGUACCUCGAUGUCAGUGGGUUCAGCGAGGACCUAGAACAGGGCAUGGUCUACUUCAACCGGCGGAUAUCAGAGUUCGAGUGCGAAAUCUAG